GCCGACAGCUGAUUGUUAUAAAUAUUUUGACACCUCCUAGAAUAAUGUGACGAUGUGUAUGAUGGGUUAAUAUUUAUCGAGGAAUUAGGAUUUUUUUUAAAUAAAAGAAAUGGUGCAGUUAUUGUAUAUUGUGUCUAGUUUACACGUUCUUCUGUGUCCAUUCACUAAAGUUGAAGAAAGUUUUAAUAUACAAGCAUUUCACGAUAUUUUGUAUCACCGCUUUAACCUGUCGGAGUACGAUCAUAAUGAGUUCCCGGGUGUUGUGCCGAGAACAUUUAUUGGACCGCUCGUUAUUUCCGCGCUCUCUUCACCUGUUGUGGUUUUGUUACAUUUGUUCGGUAUAAAUAAAUUUUGGACGCAGUAUGUCGUACGAUUAACUUUAGCACUCACUGUGAUAGCAGCAUGGAGUCGCCUUCGAAGCACCCUUCAAAAACUUUUUGGAAACACAUUUGCAUGGUGGUUUACAACAAUUACUGUGUCGCAGUAUCACUUUAUGUUCUAUAUGAGCCGUCCAUUACCUAAUAUUAUGGCCUUGCCCCUUGUUUUACUUGCAUUUGAUGGCUGGCUAUCAGGAAAAUAUAAACAAUUUAUAGUGUCAGCUGGUGCAUCAAUAGUGAUAUUUAGAUCAGAGCUGGCUAUGCUAUUUGGUCUGUUUUUGAUAAUCGAUUUAUAUUUCAAGAAAAUCACUGUACUUGAGCUUAUGAAAAUCAUAGCACCAGCUGGAGCUGGUCUGGUACUUCUAACGGUUUUUAUUGAUUCCAUAUUCUGGGGCCGUUUGGUUUGGCCUGAAGCAGAAGUAUUCUGGUUCAACACAGUUAUGAAUAAAAGCUCAGACUGGGGUACAUCACCAUUUCUCUGGUACUUCUACUCAGCACUCCCUCGUGGAUUAGGUCCAAGCAUUAUUUUGAUCCCAGUGGGCUUGUACCUAGACAAACGAGUAGUUCCUAUAGGUGUUUCAGCAUUUGUUUAUAUACUGCUUUUCUCAUUCCUGCCCCAUAAAGAGCUGAGAUUUAUUAUUUACGUUUUCCCACUGCUCAACGUAUCAUCAGCUAUAACAUGUUCUUAUGUAUAUAUUCGGCGAACAAAAGCACCCAUAUAUGAAUUACUAUUUUGGGGAUUAAUGAUAAUAAUCAUUUGUAAUAUAGUAUUUACUGCCACUCUAGUAUUGGUAGCCAUGACUAAUUAUCCAGGAGGAGUAGCAAUUACACGUUUCCAUAAACUAUUGAAGAACGAACCUUACGUGCACGUUCAUAUUAGCAAUCUAGCCGCCCAGACUGGUGUUACGCGAUUUACUCAAAUUCAUGAUCAGUGGACUUAUGCUAAAAAUGAAUCCCUGAGUUCCGAGGAGCUGCAAGGUUAUACUCAUCUCCUCGUAGAAGCUAAGAGUAAAUAUUCACCAAGCGUUAAAGCUUUUGCUCAAACUCAUUCAGUGUUAGAUAGUAUAGACUCAUUUUCUCAAAUAGCAAUGAAUUAUAGACUCAUACCUCCUAUAAAAAUAAAAACAAAACCAGCGCUAUUUAUAUUAGAACGAAAUAACUUUAGAGAUGAUGUUCAACCAUAUUUAUCAACGAAUAUUAAUAAAGAUUCUGAAGAAAUCAGUUUAAGUGAAACAGACAGCAAAGAAGAAGAAAUCAAUUUAAUAAAUUACGAUGAAAUUGAUAAAUCGGAGGAACAAUUGAAAGAGGAUAAAAUAUUGGAAACUGCAGAAAAAAUUGAAAAUACUGUAACAGAAAAUAUUUCUAAUGAAAACACGGUAACAUUUGUUGAUGACGAGGAAACUGAAUUGUUCAGAAAGGAAAUUGAAGAAUCUAUUUUCAAAACAGAAAAACCCAAUAAGGUAAAUGAUCACAUCGUCUUGAAUCGAUCCGAACGUAAGAAAAAAGCCAUUGAAAAAAUAAAAUCUGAAACUCGAAAGGAAGUUGUAGCGUCUGCGAAAGAAAAGUUAAAAGAAAUAAUGAGACGUCAUAAGCACGUUGCCAAAGAAAUUUCUGAAAAUGAUAUAUCUAAAACAGAGGAACAAAUAGAAGAUGGUCGAGGGGAUAUCCCGGACGUAGCAGCAAUUGCAGAUGAAAUAAUCAUUGAUAAAGAACAGUUAGGCAAUUCAAAUAUUGUUGAACCUACGAUUGAUGAUACAGAUGACUUUGUGAAGUCUCUCGAGGAAGCUUUUAGUGUAGAUAAAACAGAAGUAUCACCUGAUAAUAGAAGUAAAGAAAUAAAUGAAGACAUUGAUAAGAAGGACCGUACAGAUCAAAAUAUUGAUUCUAUUGUGGAGGAAGUUAUAGCAAGACUAAUAGAUAGAAAAAUUUAUGAUGACAAAACGAAGCCUGAGGAUAUCAAAAUUGAAGAUCGAAAAGUAAUUCAAAAAAUUGUAGAAGAAAUUUUGUCGGAAAGAAUGAACUUCACGAAUUCAGAUAAUAAUACGUUAUAAUAUUUUUACAAAAGUAUAAAAGAUGAUCUCUAUACUUUGUUUCGUUUUUGUCUAUACAAUGUUAAAGUUUUCAAUAAAUCUAUUUAUGUUGUAAU